AUGAAUCAGCCGACCUAUCAUAAAUGUCACAUGAGAAAUGGAUAUUCAUGCGCUCCCAUUGCCCUGACCGAAGGCCUCGAUAUUCGUGUCAAUACGGCCGUUAAGACCAUCAAGUACUUCCCGGGUGGUGUUGAGGUGACAGCUGAGAACUUGAAGACAAAUAAUUCUACCGUGACUUACAAUGCUGAUCUUGUACUCUGCACUUUGACUCUGGGAGUCCUCAAGGUGGCCAUCUCACCUUUGUCCUCCAAUCAGGUCAAUGCUGUACGUUUCGAGCCACCACUUCCGGACUGGAAACAAGCUGCCAUUCAGCGUUUGGGCUUUGGGAAUCUCAACAAGGUGGUCCUAUGCUUCGAUCGGAUUUUCUGGGACACCAACACCAACCUCUUUGGACAUGUUGGAAGUACAACUGCUAGCCGGGGUGAACUCUUCCUCUUUUGGAGCAUCUCUCAGUCGCCUGUCCUUCUGGCUUUGGUUGCUGGUCAGAGUGCAGCCAUCAUGGAGAAUGUGUCUGACGAUGUUAUCGUUGGUCGGUGCAUUGCUGUGCUGAAGGGCAUUUUUGGGAACUCAGCAGUGCCCCAACCGAGAGAAACUGUCGUCACAAGAUGGAGAGCUGAUCCUUGGGCUCGUGGGUCUUACAGCUUCGUCUCCGUGGGUUCUUCGGGGAGUGACUAUGACCUUUUAGCUGCUCCAGUUACCCCACAAUCUGCAAGUACAUCGGGUACUCCCACUGAGGAUUCUAAGGAGAUGCCCCGACUCUUCUUUGCAGGAGAACACACAAUCCGGAACUAUCCAGCUACGGUACAUGGAGCCUUCCUCAGUGGACUCCGCGAAGCUGGACGCAUUGCUGACUAUCUCUUGGGAUUCCCAAACACCUAUCCGGAAGAGCCCAAACAGGAACCAUCGACUUCUUCAGCCAAUUAAAUUUUGCUUACCUUUGUCUUGCGAUUCCAGCAAAAAUCUCAUAUCUUGUGAAUCGCUUUUGCCAUUACAUUUAUUAGUAUUUUGUGUGAAUUCUGAAUUUUGAAAUAAAGAAAAUACUCUUUUGUGUGUGAA